AUGCCGGGUCAAGAGUCUACUAAUCGUCUCAAAAUGCUGCUGCCCACGGCAACUUGGAUGGACAUUCUAGGCUGGUUGGCUCAUCCCAGUCUAGAGAAGGAUGAUCAGAUGAGAGGGUGAGAGGGUGCGAGCGCGAUCUUCCGUUCGAGUCCAUUCGCACCGCGAGAGGCAAGCUCACGCAAGUCUCUCCUAUUUUAUGCGCUGGGGGGGACGCACCAGGUGGGAGCACAUUCACGACACUGUGCGAUUUGUGUCGAAGGAUCUCUAUCUGGGUGAGUUGUGCACCGAUGCAAAACUGUCGAUUGCCCGCCGAGCAGCGUCGAGCGGGUCAAGCUGAGGCUAUUCUUCAUCCAAUACCCUCCACGCAUAGCAGUAUCGAUGCACCUCUUGCGAUCUCGAUACCUCGACUCUUACGAACGUCUAGUCAGGCCUCCUUACACUAGCGAUCCAUACCCCGUGACUUCCUUCUCCACAGGUCUCUCCGCUUCUAGCUCUCUCUCGCAAGCUCCUCCCGCCUACAGCGCAUCCAGUCUCCCUUCAACCGCAACAUCGUCUGCACACAUUUCUUCCCAAAGCAUCUUUGCAUCUCCAUCUCGAAGAGAAGCGCACACUUUGGACUUGUACGUCGCUGCUGCUCUCAAGAGGGAGUUGGAAGAUGCAGAGAGCGACAUGAUGAUAGCGGACACAUCGAUGCAGGACAUUUUCACCAUUCUACAGCCUCAAAGCAGGUUGGAAGACUUGGUGAUGGACUACGGCGUUCGAGCCAAAGUUUUGCGACGCGAUGCAUUGCAGACCCUCGACAGCAGGCUUGCUCAUCGACCAACAGACGAGAAACGAUCACAAGCGAGUGCUUCUUCCGAGCUGACCGAGCACGUGCAUCUUGUCAGACCAUCGAGCAUACAAUGCACCUUUACACCUCGUAA